AUGUCUUCACAGGUAGCGCCUUAUGGAGAAUGGGACAGCCCUAUCACGGCAGAAAGCCUCUCCGUUGGAAGCAUCCAACUAAAAGGAGUCCAAGCCAAUGUAAGCUACAAGCAUAACAACCUCACAAAUCAGCUAAUAAACAAGCCCAUUACAGGACAAAUCUAUGCUCUCGAGUCGCGUCCGGCUGAGGGAGGACGAAUCACCAUCGUCGAGGUACUAGACUCAACAACCAAAGAGGUCCUACCAGCGGAAUAUAGUGCAGAGGGCACAAUCCACGAAUAUGGAGGUGGCUCUUUCGCCAUACAUCCAAAUGGCAAAUUGAUGUUCACCAAUCAUCCAACGAACGGCUUGUUUCUCCUUGAUCCAGCGUCCGGGGCUGUUGAGACCAUCGUAGUUCCCGAUAUAUCCAUCCGAUUUGGCGAUUUCCACGUCUACCCACCAACACAGGAAUGGAUUCUUGCUGUCCAAGAAACGCACUGUAGAUCCUCCGGGAAUUUCAUUGUUACGAAUACUGUUGUUAGUAUUCAUGCCAGUACAGGUGAUAUAUCUAUCGUGGCCGAAGGGGCGGACUUUUAUCAACAUCCUCAGUUCAGUCCGGAUGGAACGCAGGUCUCUUGGAUCCAGUGGAAUCAUCCUGAUAUGCCGUGGACAGGCUCUGUGCUUCACGUAGCUCCAUGGCAACCGGGUACACUUUUGAUUGGAACGGUGGUUUCCGGCCAGGCGGGCGUCGAAAGUAUCUGCCAGCCACGGUGGAGUCCAGAUGGCACCCUGUUUUUUGUCAGCGAUAAGACGGGUUUCUGGCAAUUGUAUCGAUUCGAUGGGGAGAUGCCACAUUUGAUUCAUCUGGAAGGGUUGGAAUCGGCCGAGUUUGGAAGUCGAGAGCCUUCUCUUGGAACAUGCACGUAUAUUUUCAUGGAUGAAGAAACAAUUAUUGCAAACGCCAUUCAAAACGCGACCUCCAAUCUCAUCAAAAUCAAUCUGAAAGACAAUUCUUGGGUCGAUUUAUCCCUCGGUCUAGUCGAAAUCUUGAAAAGCGCCAUGAUUCGUAUCUCACCUACUUCUUUGGCCGUUAUAGGAAGUACCCGGACAGCGCCACAGGCCCUUUACCGCGUUGAUAUCAAAGAUGGUAUCUCGAUACAAAUGAUCCGAGCCACCGUCCAACAAUCCAUACCAGAAGAACUAAUCUCCGAAGCACAACACAUCACAUACCCACGCACAUACAGCCAUGAUUCCGGUAAUGCCCAUGCCAUAUUCGUUCCACCUAUGAAUCCUGCAUUCCAAGCACCAGAGGGCACUCUACCUCCACUACUUGUCUGGAUGCACGGUGGACCUACCAGCCAUGUUACUCCUGCCCUGGCUUCAAAAACCCUGUACUGGACUUCACGGGGAUACGCAUAUGUACUCGUGAAUCAUGUCGGAUCCACGGGGUACGGCCGAGCCUAUCGAGCGUUGUUAGAUGGUGCAUGGGGCGAAGCCGAUAUACAAGAUGCGGCUAGCUGUGUAGCGUACCUCGCCUCAGAAAAACUCAUCGAUGCAUCCAAGGUCGGGAUCGUGGGUGAAAGUGCUGGUGGUUAUGCCGUUCUGCAGGCACUCUAUACGUAUCCUGAUAUAUGGAGGGCAGGUGUUAGUCUGUAUGGAAUUAGUUCUUUGGCGGGAUUUGCGGAGACAACACAUAAGUUUGAAAGCCAAUAUAUGCAAGGACUUGUACUGGGAUACGGGGAGUGUAGUGAUGAGAAGCGUGAGGCUUUGUAUAGGAAGCGGAGUGCUGUUUUUCAUGCGGGGAGGAUUAAGGCCAAUCUUUUGCUUUUGCAAGGUGAUGUUGAUACGGUUGUGCCGGUUUCUCAGGCUUUGCAGAUGAAGGAGGCGAUGAGGGAUGCUGGAAAGGAGGUUGAGAUUAUGAUUUUUGAGGGGGAGGGACAUGGAUGGCACAAGGGAGAAACUAUUCGGGCUUCAAUUGAGUUGGAGACGGAAUUUUGGGCUAAAAAUUUGCUCUAA